ACAGUGAUCGGUAUGUACAGGAGAGGAGUGUGGAGGUAUGACAGUGAUCGGUAUGUACAGGAGAGGAGUGUGGAGGUAUGACAGUGAUCGGUAUGUACAGGAGAGGAGUGUGGGAGGUAUGACAGUGAUCGGUAUGUACAGGAGAGGAGUGUGGAGGUAUGACAGUGAUCGGUAUGUACAGGAGAGGAGUGUGGAGGUAUGACAGUGAUCGGUAUGUACAGGAGAGGAGUGUGGAGGUAUGACAGUGAUCGGUAUGUACAGGAGAGGAGUGUGGGAGGUAUGACAGUGAUGGGUAUGUACAGGAGAGAGAGUGUGGAGGUAUGACAGUGAUCGGUAUGUACAGGAGAGGAGUGUGGGGGUAUGACAGUGAUCGGUAUGUACAGGAGAGGAGUGU